CUUAGUCAGUCAGCAAGCAUGCUUGGGACGUGGCCCAGUGCUCUGCAAAGGCUCAUGUUGCAGAACAGUCACAGAUGGACAUUUGUAGUUAUAAAUACUUGACCAUUCUCCAGGGGUGGGGUUUUCAGCCCUUUAUAAACAACCCGGGUGCUGUGAUCAAGCCGAUGUUCUGCUCUCAGUGCCAGAAUCUAUUGUGGUAGGGCAUCUUUUGCUGAGAAAUAAGCAAAAUGGAACAAAAUGGAUCUACUUCAAACACUGAUAAAAUCCACCAGAACCGUCUGUCAAAUGUCUCAGAAGAUGAAGACCAAGAUGCCGCACUCACCAUCGUGACUGUGCUGGACAAAGUAGCCUCCAUCGUGGACAGUGUGCAGGCAAGCCAGAAGAGAAUAGAGGAGAGACACAGGGACAUGGAAAAUGCCAUCAAGUCUGUCCAGAUCGACCUGUUGAAGUUUUCACAGUCACACAGCAACACGGGUUAUAUCAUCAACAAGUUGUUUGAGAAAACCCGCAAAGUCAGUGCUCACAUUAAAGAUAUGAAGGCCCGGGUGGAGAGGCAGCAAGUUCAUGUUACAAAAGUUGAAGCCAAACAAGAAGAAAUAAUGAAGAAGAACAAAUUCCGUGUGGUAAUAUUCCAGGAGAAGACUCGUUGUCCGACCUCCUUGUCUAUCGUUAAAGACACAAACCUAACUGAGAAUCCGGAGGAGGAGGACAUCUUUGAUCCCCCAAUAGACCUCUCUUCGGAUGAAGAAUAUUAUGUUGAAGAAAGCAGAUCUGCCAGGCUUAGAAAGUCAGGCAAGGAGCACAUCGAUAAUAUCAAAAAGGCAUUUUCCAAGGAAAGCAUGCAGAAGACCCGACAGAAUUUGGACAAGAAAGUGAAUAGAAUCAGAACCAGAAUAGUGACGCCGGAGAGGAGAGAGAGGCUGAGGCAGUCUGGGGAGAGGCUGAGACAGUCUGGAGAGAGGUUAAGGCAGUCAGGGGAGAGAUUUAAAAAAUCCAUUUCCAACGCAGCUCCCUCAAAGGAAGCUUUUAAGAUGCGGAGCUUGAGAAAGGCUAAAGACCGAAUUGCGGCUGACAGUCGGGAAGAUGGCCCGGAGCUGGCCGUGGACAUCCUUGCCAGGAGCGAACCUCUUAGCCCCAUUCACGAGCUAUACAGUGAUGAGCUCAGUGAAACAGAGCAGGAGGCGGCCAGGACUGCAUUUCCUCCCAGCGAUGGAGGGGAGACUGCAACCCCUGAGCCUUUAAAAGUUACUUUUAAACCUCAGGUCAGAGUAGAAGAUGACGAAUCGCUUUUAUUGGAUUUAAAGAAGUCAUCGUAAAGAUGAGUUAAAUCUAUAACAGAUAUAAAUCCCCCUAGUCAGCAGUUUGGGUGUGAAUAGGAUAGUUAUUUCCAUUUAUAUGCCAUUUAGGGAAGCAUACCAUUUCUUAGGAUUAAAACCUUCAAUGUAGUAUAAAUAUUAUGUAUGUUUUCUUAUGAUUUCCCUGUGAAUUCUUUCCCUCUGAGCACAGAUGAUUCUAACAGCCUUUUUCCCUUUAUGUCAACCUUUCUAAUGGCAGCUGGGAUUUUUAAGUUCCUUUCUUUUGCCCAUCAAAAACCAGUUUCCUAGCUCAGCCUAAUUAGGUAUUUGGUCAUCUGAAACAAAUGAGGGACAAAUCUGUGGCUGUUGUUUGCAAGUGAACUUU